ACUGUCAUAAAUUCAACCAUGGCAAAAACGAAAAGAAAAGGAAACAUGGGAAAGAAGGAAGAUACAAUAAAUAGAAGCUCACAUAGCAUGAAUCCAGAUCGUGCAAAGGGUGCAGGAGGAAACAAUAUGCGUGAUAAAGCUACAAUCAAAAGACUACAGAUGUACAGAAAUUUUAAAGCAAAAAGAGACAGAACAGGAAAAAUAAUCAAAGCAGCACCAUUUCAAUCAAGAUUGUCAUCAGGAAGUAUGGCUAGGGUGGAACCAAACAGAAGAUGGUUUGGUAAUACAAGGGUGAUAACUCAGAAUGCUCUACAGACUUUCCAAGAAGAGAUGGCUAAAGUGAGGAAUGAUCCCUAUAAAGUUGUAAUGAGACAGACAAAGCUACCAAUUACACUGCUAAACGAAACAGCAAAGUAUGCAAAGGUCCACCUCCUUGACACAGAAGGAUUUGAGACGACAUUCGGUAAAAAAGCCCAGAGGAAGAAACCAAAACUCAAAACUGCAGACAUGCAAGCAUUGGUUGAACAAGCCAUGACAGCUACAGAGGGCUACUCAGCUGAUAAGGAUCGUGACCUUGUCACAGAGGCUCCAGAGUUCAAGGAUGAACAGCCAGAGGUCAUUUUCAAGGCUGGUCAGUCAAAGAGAGUGUGGGGAGAGCUGUAUAAGGUGAUAGACUCCUCUGAUGUUGUGGUCCAGGUUUUAGAUGCCCGGAACCCACUAGGGACUCGCUGUUACCAGAUAGAGAAAUACAUGAAGAAAGAAAAACCUCACAAACACCUCAUCUUUGUACUCAAUAAAGUGGACUUGAUACCAGUGUGGGUCACACAAAAGUGGGUAGCAAUUCUUUCUCAGGAGUAUCCAACAAUGGCCUUCCAUGCUAGUAUUACAAACCCAUUUGGUAAAGGAGCACUUAUAAAUCUAUUACGCCAGUUUAGUCAGCUGCACACAGAUAAGAAGCAGAUCAGCGUGGGGUUUAUAGGUUAUCCUAACGUAGGGAAAAGUUCCAUCAUCAACAGUCUGAGGGCAAAGAAAGUCUGUAAAGUAGCUCCCAUAGCAGGUGAAACAAAGGUUUGGCAGUAUGUGACACUGAUGAAGAGGAUUUACCUGGUGGAUUGUCCAGGUGUAGUGUACCCCACAGCUGCCACGCCCACAGAGUCCGUCCUCAAAGGGGUGGUGAGAGUUGAGCUGGUUAAGAGCCCUGAAGACUACAUUCCAGCAAUGUUAGAAAGAGUGAAACCAGAAUACAUCAAAAACACAUACAAAGUAGAGAACUGGAAAAAUGCUGAGGAUUUCUUAGAGCAGAUUGCCAGAAAGUCUGGGAAACUUCUCAAGGGUGGAGAACCAGAUCUGGGAACUGUGGCCAAAAUGGUGUUGAAUGAUUGGCAGAGAGGAAAAAUCCCUUAUUUUGUAAAACCCCCAGGGUGUGAGAAUGAUGAACCGGGUUCCUCAGAAGAUCAAAAUACUGAAAACCAGACGAAAGAGAAAGUAAUAGAGGAGGACACUCUAACCACGACAGACAAGAAGAAACAACCUGCUGUUCAACAAAACCUUACCAAAAUUCAAGUAGAACCAGAGUUCCUGGAAGAAGACAUCAAGAAAGUGGAUGAUGUGGAGGGCAAAGACGAUUCUGACCUUGAGGCUGAGGCCAAGGACAGUGAUGGGGAAGAAGGGGUCAUUGAGGAGCAACAAAAGGAGAAGAAAUCCACAAAAAAGAAAAGGAAGGGAAUAAAAAGAGACAGCAAUAAAGAUGUGGACGUUUUGGACAUUAAAAAAACUGAGAAAGGUGAACCGAGUGAUAACGAAUGUGUGUCUGACAGGUUACAACCAGGUGAGAGAGAGUCUGGGAAUGUGUUGGGGGUGAAGGGGAGGAAAAGGAAGGUGGAGGAUCAGGAGUCAGAACGGACACAGAUUACUCACUCCACCAGCGGAAAAUUCACAGUCAGAAAUGAUGGCCAGCAGAACCAAAAGAAAAUGAAGUCAGUGAAUAAGAGACAACAGAAAUACGGGGGUAGCCAUACUGAAGAGAACAAUUCCUCCCAGUCCAAGCUCACUAGUAAACAGAAGCGAAGAUUAGAAAGAGAAGCUCGAACCAAGAAAAUUGGAACACACUUUUACACAACAACAAAUGUUAAAAAUAAGAGGAGAUGAUGUUUAAUGUGAUAUAUUACAUUGAUUUGUUAAUGUCAUUGUUACGAUUUAACAGAAAAUUCAAUAAAAUAUGAUGAAAUUUAAACAACAUCUGU